AUGUUGUCCUAUGCUCAACCACUGUCUCUUUUCAAAUCAGUAACACUUCAUUCGCGUGUUUCGCCUUUGGAAUUGGAUAUGUACCUCCACAAAUCCAACUCAACAUACUUUUUAGACUUGGACAUUGCACGUACAAAGCUUCUCACCCGUAUAGUACAGCCAUUUUGGUGGUUUUGCUACGAAAAUAAGAUGGGCAAGUACGGAAAGGGACGCAAAAGAGAGGUUGGCAAUUUUCCAUAUGUUCCGGUUGCAACAGUGCAAUGUCAAUUCAAAAAGGAAUUAAAACCAUUGCAAAAAUUCGAUAUUAGCUCAAGAAUCUUGGCAUGGGAUAAGAAAUGGCUCUUUGUUUUGAGCGUAUUCACAACUACAAACGGCAAGAGCAACAAAAAGGUUAACGCAAUUGCAUUGACAAAAUACGUGUUUAAAAACGGAAGAACAACAAUUCCACCUGAAGAGAUAUUGAAACAUUGUAAUCUUUUGGAUGAAAAGAAUGAAGCUGUCAAUAAAGUCAACUUUGAAUUGGUCAAGAAUAUGGUUGAUACAGAGGACUUGGAAACCCUUGCUGCUGAAGCAUUAUAG